UUUGUGAGUCAAAGGUCGCGGGUUCAAAAACGCCACGUCCGAAAAAGAGAGCGAAGAGGUUAACUUCCCACCGUCAGCCCGUCAUCGCCGAGAGAUAGUGAUCGAUCGUGUAGAGAUGGUCUACAAGUAAGAAACACCAAACGUGAACGCAAAAAAAGAAGAGGAAGAAGAAGAAGGAGGAGGAAGUGGUGGUGGUGAGAUGGGUGUGGAUUACUACAAGGCUUUACAGGUUGAUAGAAGCGCCAACGACGAUGACCUUAAGAAAGCUUACAGAAAACUCGCCAUGAAAUGGCAUCCCGACAAGAACCCCGACAACAAAAAAGACGCCGAGUCUAAGUUCAAGCAGAUCUCCGAAGCCUACGAUGUUCUUAGUGAUCCUCAGAAGAGAGCGGUGUAUGAUCAAUACGGCAAGGAAGGAUUAAAAGGGAACGUGCCACCUCCUAAUGCUGGUGGUGGAGCCUCCUCCUUCUCAACAGGAGAUGGACCUUUACCUUUCAGAUUCAACCCGAGGAGUGCGGAUGAUUUAUUAGCUGAGAUUUUCGGGUUUUCAAACCCGUUUGGUGGCAGUGGAGGGCAGAGAUUCUCUAGCCGCAUGUUUGGUGAUGAUAUGUAUGCCUCGUUUGGUGAAGUAGGAGGUGGUGGUGGUGGUGGAUCUAUGCAUCAUCAUCAUCAUCACGGUGCAGCUAGGAAAGUGGCUCCAAUAGAGAGCAAGCUGCCUUGUAGCCUUGAAGAUCUUUACAAAGGAACCACCAAGAAGAUGAAGAUCAUUAGAGAUAUUGUAGAUGUCAGCGGCAAAGUAAUGCAAACAAAAGAGAUUAUAACGAUUGGAGUGAAACCAGGAUGGAAGAAAGGCACAAAGAUCACAUUCCCUGAGAAAGGCAAUGAGCAUCCCGGAGUGAUUCCAGCUGAUCUUGUCUUCAUCAUCGACGAGAAACCCCAUCCCGUGUUCACACGUGAGGGCAACGACUUGAUUGUCACACAGAAGAUCUCACUAGCUGAUGCACUAACAGGGUACACAGUAAACCUAACGACCCUUGAUGGUCGGACGCUUACAAUCCCAGUGACAAACGUGAUCCAUCCAGAGUAUGGUGAGGUGGUGCCUAAAGAGGGAAUGCCACUUCAGAAAGAUCAGACAAAGAAAGGGAACUUGAUCCUCAAGUUCAACAUCAAGUUUCCAGCGAGAUUAUCUGCAGAACAGAAGGCCGGGUUUAAGAAGCUUCUUGGGUAAUCAACAAAAGCAUUGGUUCUGUUGUGUGAUGUUUUGAUUGGUAAUAUACGGUUUCUGGGGAACUUUUUGUUAGUUAAAGUAACUCGCUCAAGGUUUGGUUCAUGUCCUCAAAAAAACAAGAACUGAAGAAUCUUCAGUGAAGAUGUACAAAAGCUUUUGUCCUUUUAUUGGGUCCCAGUCUAGAGCUAUGAGAUUACUCUUUAGUUAGGGGAGUAAUGCCGUGGCAGCGUGUGUGCAAGAAGAAGCCGCCACAAACCAGUAAGGAGCUCCUUCGUGAUUGCAAAGAAGAGGCAUAGAGCAUGAAGUCAAGGAACUUGAGCUUAUACUUUUCCUUCUCUUCCUUUGUUGAAGUGUUACAAACAGAAUGAUGUUUACAGCUUCUGCAAGAUCACUUUCAUAGAAAGAUUUGUUUACUCAAAAUCAUAA